GCACAACCUUGGAAGCAAUCUUCCAAGAUGCUGGUAAUCCUGCUCACAGCGGCUUUGCUGGUCCUGAGCUCAGCUCAGAGAGAAGAUGAAGAGAUCACCUACGAAGACUCAAAUUCUCAGCUCCUAGAGAUGGGAGAGCAGAGCCAAGGGUAUGGUCAUCAUUUUCCAAAACCACCUCCUGGAGGAAUGCCCCCAAGACCUCCCAGUUCUGAUGAAAAUGAUGAUGGUGAUGAAGAUGGCAGUGAGGAAGAUGUGAAUAGACCAGAGAGACCACCACAGCACCCUCCUCACUCAGGACACCACCAUGGACCUCCCCCACAGGGAGACGCACAGGGUCCCCCUAGGCCUGGAAACCAACAAGGCCCACCCCCUCCAGGCCCACCACCACAGGGAAGCUCACAGCAGAGAUCCCCUCAGCCUGGAAACCAACAAGGCCCACCUCCACAGGGAGGCCCCCAGCAGAGACCCCCUCAGCCUGGAAAUCAACAAGGUCCACCCCCACAGGGAGGCCCCCAACAGAGACCUCCUCAGCCUGGAAACCAACAAGGACCACCCCCACAGGGAGGCCCACAGGGACCUCCUAGGCCUGGAAACCAGCAAGGCCCACCCCCGCAGGGAGGCCCCCAGCAGAGACCCACUCAGCCUGGAAACCAACAAGGCCCACCCCAACAGGGAGGCCCUCAGGGACCUCCUAGGCCUGGAAACCAGCAAGGCCCACCCCCACAGGGAGGCCCUCAGGGACCUCCUAGGCCUGGAAACCAACAAGGCCCACCCCCACAGGGAGGCCCUCAGAGACCUCCUCAGCCAAGAAACCAUCAAGGCCCACCUCAGCAUGGAAACAAUGAACAGCCAAGUUACCUGUGGUCACUUUUUGCAUAACCAUCUGUUUCCUUACCAGAGAGAAGGUGAACAGAAG